AUGUCAGUUCUUAGCCCGAGCCCGGACGACGACCACUAUACCAUGUCUACAUUCUCGCACGAUCGUACCAGCACUGCUGUAGAUCAAGCCAUCGACGUGACCAGGAGGAAGCAGCAGCCUCAGCAAUCGCGUCAACUCCUAUCAUGUACCAAAUGUCGCGAACGAAAAGUCAAAUGCGACCGCACCAAACCGUGCUCAGCCUGCUGCGCGCGCGGAGCACCCAAAGAGUGCCACUUCGUCGCAGAAGGAGGUGACUAUGCACCAAUUCAGCAAUCUUACGAACUGCGCAAACUUCGCGCGGAGAACCUACGACUGAAGGAACGACUACGCACCAGCAGAGUAUCUAUCGAAGAUGACGACUCCGACCAGUCUUCGGGAUCCCAACCGGGCGACCGAACCAGAGCCUCAUCAAUAAAGAGACGUGCAGCACGACAAAAACGAUUCCAAGGCUUGGAGUGGUCCGACUCUAUAUACUUUGGUUCACCUGGACUUGCCAAUGUUAUCGCAGAUUUUGCAGCUGUCAAUCUUUCGCCUCCCAACGUGCAAUCUCUGGCACAUCUCACGCCCCGUGGCCCAGACAUGUACACACCAGAAACACCAGCUUCUUACCCAUUCGCGACGUUGUUUCCAGCUGGUCCAGAACAGUGUAUACCACAACUCUUAGAUAUCCUUCCGGCACGAAAGGAGCUCUUUGAGUACUUGGCCGUCUUCGAAAAGCGCGUAUAUGUUUGCGCGUUCCCUCACCUACCCAUCGAGCUUACAAAGUGUGAGAUUGAGCGAUUUCUCGCGGACGCAGAGAGAAAUGCCCGGAUGUGCCCCGACAUGCUGGCACUGGUGUUUGCGGCCAUAGCGCUGGGCGCACAGCACUCCGUCUGGGACCAAUCGGGUGAACAGUGGAAAGCUGGCUUGAUAGAUGCGGAAGCGCAGAGGGGCAAUGUCUAUGUUGCCGCUUCGAUGCAGGCUCUACGCAUAGCUUCGUUCAUGAACAGACCCUCACUUUUAGCGAUCGAAGCUCUCAUCAUGAUGGGACCCUUUUUGACAAACUCGGGCCGGUUUCUGGAUGCUUGGACACUGUUUGGCACAACAGUACGGCUAGCCCAGGCCAUUGGUCUUCACCGGCAUCCUAAGUACCUCGACCCGGCUCCACCCACUCAGAGAGAGUGUUCGUUGCGCCAAACUCUCUGGUGGUGGAUGCUGCACAUGGACGAACAGUACUCGAUGACUUUAGGGCGUCCACUUGGUAUCAGUGGCAUUGGCGACUGUCCACCUCCGCAUGAGCUAACGACUGAUCCGCGAACGCUCAGGUUCGGCGAAUUCACCAAUCAUUUUACUAUAAUGGCCAGACAGAUUUUGAGCAGUGAUCGGUUGACCAACGUCAAGAUAGACGAAUUCACCGACCUCUUGAGUGGACUUCUGGAUACGAUGCCUGAGGCGCUCCAGUUCGAUAAGUCAUGGUUGGAUGAAGACAAAGAACUCCCCGAAUGGCCAUUGAGCGUCAUGGCUGCCGUGUAUUAUUGCAAGACUCAUACGUACCUCAUACUUUUGAAUCGCCAGAGGACCGACAAACAUCCAGACUGUGCUCAAGCUGCCGCUACGAGGUUCUCUUCCUCUUUUCGGUCCGUGAACAGAACGCCAAGUUCGCAGCCCUCACCCACUGCAUCAAUACGGGCCCCAUUGCGUGGGCGGUCUCUGGUACUAGUAUCCUCAGAAGGUGUAUUAUCCGCUUUUCUGUUUUUCUACACACGCGCUCCGGCAUCGCUCGUUUCUUGGAAUAUUGGUCAACAAGCCUUUAAUAGCUCCAUGAUACUUCUUCUAGAUGCCCUAGAGACUGGUAACCUCACACACAUGAGAAAGGUGGAACAAGCCUACAUCGUCUUCAGGGAAUUGCAAGACAAUGAUGUCCAUCAGCUUGCAGGCUUGGCUGUGGAAAAGUUGAGCUGGGGUCUGGACCAGCUGCGUAAGAACAUAGAGGCAACUGGCACACGUCAUUCUCCUGAAAAGAUCGAUUCAGCAUGCGCAGCUCAAGAUGAGGCGGACCGUGUCACAGGAACGCUACACGACACAGUAAUGGGCAAUGCGAACAUGUUGCUACUCGAGGAAACAGGCCUGCAAUCCUACGCACACGAGCACUUUGCGCCUUUCGCAUGCGUCACAACAGGAUCAGGGAGCGAAGCCACAACGCCGGACCAAUUGAAGCAAGAGCUGGAAUUGCAAUUGCACGACAAAGUCGACCGACUGGCGUACACAAAGUUGGAAAGCUCGGAUAGGAAUGCUCCCAUCUCGAACGAGCCGCAUAGUACUUUAGGAUCGUCUCAAGGAUCGCCGUUUGGACGUUAUUGUGUGCCGUCGUCACAUGAAUACUACCAGCUACCAAGCUGUGAUAAUAGUCCGACUUCGCCCAGGACACUUGCAGCGCCGCCAUCGCAACACAGUCGGAAUGAUGGGGUACUUUCCGCGAAACGGCGUCCAUCGAAACAGACACGGGCGCCUCAUUCAGAGCAUCUGGAAUCACCUCGGAUAGCAACCUCUAACGACGGAAGACCAGAGCAUGGAACAGAUACAGAAGACAAUGUCGAACCUCCCGAACGAUGGACGCAACCUACUCUAUCGCCUAAGCAGUAUCAGAUGUCAGCAGCACAGCUCAGACACAACUCAUGCCCGUCUGUGCACCAGCCUGCGACAACCCCGCCCCUCCUUCGGCCUACGUACUCGUCACCACUCGUAAACAAGAAUCAUUCGUUUUCGAACAACGGGCCUUACGACAUGCGUACACAGUGGUCAGCAUAUCCGGCAGCCCCAACAACAGACAGCCUAGAAUCUGGGAGACUACACCCAUCCAUGUCCGGGCAGGGACACCUCACUCCGGCAUUUCCUCACCAGAUCGCUCAGCAGCAGCAGAGGAUCUACCAGUACUUGCACCCAAAACAUGCAACAGAUCCAGGCGUCAGUGGAACCGAUGUAUUAAGUGUUGAGCAGAUGACAGUAGAUCAGAGUGGGUGGGGUGGCUGA